CUGAGCUGCGGGGACUGAGAGAGAGCUCCCGAGAGCUGGAGGAGUCUGUCUACAACAUCCCGGAGUCAGAGCAGCAACAAGCCGUGUGCGAGCGGACAGCGGCGAUGGUGCAGAGUUUAUAGAGGGCUGGAAGCAGAAGCGGGCUUGACGAAGCAACAACAGAAUAAAAAGGGAGACGCCGAAAUAGAAUCCCUCUGGCUCUGUAACAACUCCGAGAUAAAGUAAAUCUCCGCUGUGGAUGUGCCGAAAAGCAGCAGCGAAUCCAGCAAUGGACCAUCCCGGGGCUAAACAUCCCAGAGGCUGGGCUGCAAAUUUCCAACCUCUCCUCCUCUUUCUGGGAUCCAACCUGGUGCUUCACCGCUUCGCUAACGGAAUGGAUUUACCAGAUGAACCUCAGUUGCAGCCUUCCACGCCAGCAUGGAACAGUUCCAGUGACUCAGAUUACUACCUAACGUUGGAUGAGCCAAUGAAUAAUAUCACAACUUCGCUUGGCCAGACUGCAGAGCUAUACUGCAAAGUCUCCGGCAAUCCGGUUCCAACCAUCCGCUGGCUAAAGAAUGAUGCACCAGUUGUCCAGGAACCACGGAGGAUAUCCUACCGGCUGACCAGCUAUGGUUCCCGUCUCCGAAUACGAAACCUUGAUACUACAGACACUGGUUAUUUCCAAUGUGUAGCUACAAAUGGACAAAAAUCUGUUUCAACCACGGGUGUGCUUUUCGUCAAAUUUGGACCCCCACCAACUCCAAAUUCGGGAAAGGCAACGCAAGUGACGUUUGAAGAAGAUGGCUUUUGUCAGCCCUACAGGGGCAUUGCCUGUGCAAGGUUCAUUGCAAAUAGCAGCAUAUAUGUGGACUCUCUGCAGAUGCAAGGGGAAAUUGAAAAUCAAAUCACAGCUGCUUUCACAAUGAUUGGAACCUCAAAUCAUCUCACUGAUCGUUGUUCCCAGUUUGCCAUCCCAUCUUUGUGUCACUUUGCCUUCCCUUACUGUGACCAAACCUCGUCAGUGCCUAAACCCCGUGACCUUUGCAGAGACGAGUGUGAAAUCCUGGAAAAUGACCUUUGCAAGACGGAAUAUAUUUUUGCCAGAUCAAAUCCUUUGAUCCUAAUGAGGUUGAAGCUGCCAAACUGUGAAGAUCUCCCCAUGCCAGACAGUCCGGAGGCAGCAAAUUGCAUGCGUAUUGGAAUUCCCAUGGCAGAGCCCAUCAAUAAAAAUCACAAAUGUUUUAACAUUAGCGGCAUAGAUUACCGGGGCACCGUGAGUGUAACAAAAUCAGGCCGACAGUGUCAGCCAUGGAAUUCUCAGUAUCCACAUAGUCACUCUUACACUGCCGUUAAAUAUCCUGAACUUAAUGGUGGUCACUCAUAUUGCCGGAACCCUGGGAAUCACAAGGAUGCUCCAUGGUGUUUUACUCUGGAUGAAUCGGUGAAAUUGGAGUUGUGUGAAAUUCCAUUGUGUGACUCGAAAGAAAACAGCAAGAUGGAAAUUCUUUACAUCCUGGUCCCUAGUGUUACAAUUCCCCUGGCAAUUGCCCUACUGUUCUUCUUCAUCUGUAUUUGUCGGAACAAUCAAAAGUCGUCAACACCUGUUGACCAACGCCAGCCGAAACCUGUGAGGGGGCAAAAUGUCGAAAUGUCCAUGCUGAACGCGUACAAACCAAAGCAGUGUAAAGCUAAGGAGCUGCCUCUAUCUGCUGUACGGUUUAUGGAAGAAUUAGGAGAGUGCGCCUUUGGAAAAAUCUACAAAGGUCAUCUUUACCUUCCAGGAAUGGAUCAUGCCCAACUCGUUGCUAUAAAGACCCUGAAGGACUUCAGUAACCCCCAGCUUUGGGCAGAGUUCCAGCAGGAGGCAUCCCUGAUGUCAGAGUUGCACCAUCCCAAUGUUGUCUGCCUCCUUGGGGUGGUGACACAGGAGCAACCAGUGUGCAUGCUCUUUGAGUACAUGAACCAUGGUGACCUCCAUGAAUUUCUCAUCAUGCGAUCACCCCAUUCUGAUGUUGGCUGCAGCAGUGAUGAAGAUGGAACUGUCAAAUCUAGCCUUGACCACGCAGAUUUUUUGCACAUCUCCAUACAGAUAGCAGCUGGAAUGGAAUACCUAUCUAGCCAUUAUUUUGUUCACAAAGACCUCGCAGCACGUAACAUCAUUAUUGGAGAACAACUGCGGGUGAAGAUAUCCGAUCUUGGCCUGUCAAGAGAGAUAUAUGCAGCUGAUUAUUACAGAGUGCAAAAUAAAUCCCUCCUCCCAAUUCGCUGGAUGCCCCCUGAAGCUAUACUGUUUGGAAAGUUUUCCAGUGAUUCCGAUAUUUGGUCUUUUGGUGUGGUUCUAUGGGAGAUUUUUAGUUUUGGACUGCAGCCAUAUUACGGAUUUUCUAAUCAAGAGGUAAUCGAAAUGAUACGGAAGAGGCAGUUACUUCCAUGCCCAGAAGAUUGUCCUCCUAGGAUGUAUGAUUUAAUGACGGAAACUUGGCAUGAAAUCCCAGCCAGAAGACCACGAUUUAAGGAUAUUCAUACCAGGCUGAGGUCCUGGGAAGGGCUAUCAAGUCAUACCAGUUCUACAACACCAUCUGGAGGGAAUGCCACAACCCAGACGACAUCUCUCAGUGCAAGCCCAGUUAGUAAUCUCAGUAACCCAAGGUAUCCUAUACACAUAUAUCAAGCACAAGGUCUACCCCAGACCCAACUUGGAGGCCUAAUUGGUCCAUCGAUAGCACAGCAUCAGAGAUUCAUCCAAGUUAACAGUUAUCCUGUACCACCAGGGUUUGCUGCCUACACAGCGACCCAUUACCAACAAGGGCCUCCGAGAAUGAUUCCACAUGGUCCACCACCAAAGAGCCGAUCACCUAGCAGCGGGAGUGGAUCAACAAGCACUGGUCAUGUGACAAGCUUGCCUUCCUCAGGAUCAAAUCAUGAUGCAAACACUCCAUUGCUAUCUCAUCAUCUAUCCAUGUCAAGCCAUCCUAGUGGAACCAGUGUGCCAAUCUUUGCACAUAUGUCCCAUAAAACAAUGCAGAUAGACCCAAUACAGACAACAUUACUGGGGGACAGUGAUGGCCAACUGGGAAAUGAAUCUGUUAUCAGGGCAGAAUUGUAAUAUAUAUAUAUUCUUAGAACAUGUUUCUACAGUUUUUAUAAUUUUGUAUAAUCUGAUUUUAGAAAGAAAAUAGGGAACAAAAAGAAGAUUUAUCUACAUGACAACACAUAAGUGAAGCUUUAGAUGUCAGCCACCUACGAUCAUCUUCCUAACCAAACUGUGAAUGAAUAUUUUUCUGCAUCAGUGCAGCAAAUACCUUUUGCCCCCUAUUUCCUCCCUUCUUAUCCUGAAGGCAUUUUGUUUUCUUAGUUGUGUGGUACAAAACACUGUCUGUUUUAAGUGACCAUUCAUCAUGUAUAAACCUGCCCUCUGUGUCAGUGAACUGUUUGACAAUGGAGGAGCUCAUUACUGUGAUCUACGUGCUCAAAUGAUGUCCACACACUUACUCGCUUCUCAGCAAAUAUCACUGAAUAGUCAUUAGCAGCAAUGACUUUGAUUAAUAUUCUUUUCCUCUCUUGCAUAUUCUAGAAUACUGAGAUCAGUUGUUGUGUUCCAAGUGUUAGCUGAGAUCAGGAUAGGGAAGGAAGUUCAGGCCCGUAAGUCUCAGUUCUGUACUGAGAACAAUACCUUCUCCUGUUAAACCUUUCAGAGAGCUGUGGCAAUUUUGUUUUGAAUUAAUGAUUUUUUUUAACUGUUUGUUGUUCCAUGAAAAGAAUUAACUUCACGACACAAGUGAUGAAUAUGUGAGAGUUUGAUGAAAAAGUCACCUACCCAGUAACAAGUGUGAUAUUUCAGAGGAAAGCUUAAUUUUAUAACAAAGUACAAAAGCAAAUUAUAAUCUGUGGACUUUGUUUAAAGUGAACGUGACUCCUUUCGUAAACAGAUCUCUGAAAUUUGCAGUUCUGUAAGCUUUCUCCCCAAAAAAAUUGAAUUGGACUUCCAUGAAAUUCACACGUUCUGGUAAAAUACGAAUGGUGACAUUGGUAAAAGAAUAUAACUGUAACAUAUAUCUGAUUUAAGCCACAUUUUAAAUUAGAAUUUUAAAUUUAUAUAAAUAGUAAGUAAAUUUCACUUAUAUUUGUUGCUAUGCAACUAUUUAAUAUAAAUUGGUUCAAAAUGCAAGCUUUGAGAUGACAAUCAACUUUUUUCUUCGGGGAGAUUUGAGUUUGGUAGCUCAGUUUGAUGAAUGAAUUGAGGGAAGUGGGAGAGGUUGUGAGGACUAACCUUCUUUGAGAUGUUACUGAAAUUGACACUGAAGGAAGGGUAUGUCAGAGAAUAUUAUAGCUUGUCAUAAAACACGUUGAGGAAACUCUUUUCCUUAAUUUCAUGUAUCUAAGCAUCUGGGCUACAAAGAUGAUCCAGAUGAACUUCAACUUGCUCCAUUACAAAGAACUGGACAUUAUUUUUUUUUGUGCUUGAGUAAGUGAGCUGCAUUGUCCUGCAGUCACUAAGGAUGUAUAAUUCUUUUAGAAUGAAAACAUAACCAAACUAGCAAUACCAACUCUCAGUGUGAUUUGUCCUUCUGGGAGAUGUUUUCAUUUUCAAAACCACUUCCUACAAAUAACUUGUGAUGAGGUGUGCUUUAAUCUUGUUUUAUUUUUGAAUAUCUGUUGUAUGUAUAUUUUACUAGGACACAGCCUUGUUGAUUUGUUUGUAACCAGAAGACAAGCAUCAAUGGAAUGGCUAAUAUUCAAUGUGGUUAUAUUGUAACAGGACUUAUUUCUCCACAAAUGUUUUUGCACAAAAUGUUUUUAAUUGUUUUGUAUGAAGAACUUCAAAUACAUCCCUGCAUUGUAUCCAUGGUGUAUUUU